AUAUUUCUCCUUUGCACCUCUAAAACCAUCGAAUCACAACAUAUAUACCAAUGGAUUCCGGCGACAACGAGGUGAAAGUGGAUUUCUCCCAACUUCUCCGUGUCUACAAGAAUGGCCGUGUCGAGCGUAUGUUCGGCUCACCUAUCGUUCCUCCGAUGCCAGAAGAUCCUGCCACCGGCGUUGCCUCAAAAGACAUAGAUAUUUCGCCAGAAAUCAGAGCCAGAAUUUACCACCCAAAGCUCACAACAAAAAACACCGACCAAAAACUGCCCAUCUUAGUAUAUUAUCACGGCGGUGGAUUUUGUCUCGAAUCUGCUUUCUCUUUCCUCGACCAACGUUACCUUAACCUCAUAGUCUCCAAAUCCAAUGUUGUUGCUAUUUCAGUAGAAUACCGUCUUGCUCCAGAACAUCCUCUUCCAGUAGGUUAUGAAGAUUCUUGGACUGCACUUCAAUGGAUCGCAUCGCAUGUUCUUGACAAACCCGGAUUCGAAAAGGAACCAUGGUUAGUGAACCAUGGUGAUUUUGAGAAGGUACUCAUUGGGGGUGAUAGUGCCGGAGGUAACAUAGUUCACAAUAUAUCUCUCAGGUCUGGUCUUGAAAGCUUGAAUGGGGGAGUUAAAAUCUUGGGUUCUUUUCUCUGUUUUCCUUACUUUUUGUCAUCUAGUGAAUUUAAGGAAGAUAGUUUGGCUAGUAGGAUUUGGGCUUUUGUGAAUCCAUCAGCUGAAGAUGGAGUUGAUGAUCCAAGAAUUAAUCCUUUUGUAGAAAAAGCUCCAAGUUUAUCAGCACUGGGGUGUUCCAAGAUUUUGGUGUGUGUUGCAGAGAAGGAUGAGCUGAGAAAUAUAGGGAUUCAGUAUGUUGAAGCUGUGAAGAAAAGUGGGUGGAAAGGGGAAAUAAAGUUGAUUGAUGUGCAAGGAGAAGAUCAUUGCUUUCAGAUCUUUGAUCCUGAAACUGAAAAAGCCAAAGAUUUGAUUAAGGGAAUUGCUGAUUUUGUCAAACGGUCAUGUGUGUGACUGUAUGUAAGAUGUUUUUAUCUUCUUAAUUGCACUUGUUGUCCAUCCUUUUUAUUUCUUUUGGUUUUAAUUUUUAAUGAGUAAUAAAAAGAGUUGGUAAAAUA